GCCAGCUGCAGUCUUCCCCGGGCAUCGGAGCCGGGGGAUCCCGGACGGGAGCUGGGACCGGCCCGCCGUCACCCAUCGCCUUGCCGCCGCUUAGGUCGAGCAACGCCGCCCACACGAUUAUUUAAGGUCCUUUUUACAAGGCUAACUAUCCUCCACAUACAGCAAAUGAGGAAUUACAAAGAAAUCAGUGUUAGAAGCAAAGGUUGGAGGCAGUAAGCACACAAUGAAUGAACAUCUGCAUGUUGGUAGCCACGGACAGAUUCAGGUUCAACAGCUGUUUGAAGAUAAUAGCAACAAGAGGACAGUUCUGACAACACAACCAAAUGGGCUUGCAGCAGUAAGCAAAUCUGGAUUGUCAGUGGUGCAGGACAGGCAGAUAGACAGUGCUCAUAGACAACAAGGGAGCUCCAGUUCUUUAAAAUUAACGGACGGAACAGGGAAGCUGAAAGCCUCUUUUAUGACACCAGAACAAGCAAUGAAGCAAUACAUGCAAAAACUAUCAGCCUUUGAGCACCAUGAAAUUUUCAGUUACCCUGAAAUAUUCUUUUUGGGUCCAAAUGCAAAGAAGCGGCAAGGUGUGCUUGGAGGUCCAAAUAAUUGCGGUUAUGAUGAUGACCAGGGGUCUUAUGUGCAAGUACCCCAUGAUCAUAUUGCAUACAGGUAUGAAGUCCUCAAGGUUAUAGGGAAAGGAAGUUUUGGGCAAGUUGUCAAGGCUUAUGAUCACAAGACCCAUCAACAUGUGGCGUUAAAAAUGGUAAGAAAUGAAAAACGGUUCCACCGCCAAGCGGCAGAAGAAAUUAGAAUUCUGGAGCAUCUAAGGAAGCAGGAUAAGGAUAACAACAUGAAUGUUAUUCACAUGCUGGAAAACUUUACAUUCCGCAACCAUAUCUGCAUGACAUUUGAGUUGCUGAGCAUGAACCUUUAUGAGCUAAUAAAGAAAAACAAAUUUCAGGGCUUCAGCCUGCCACUAGUUCGGAAGUUUGCCCACUCGAUUUUGCAGUGCUUAGAUGCGUUGCACAAAAAUAGAAUCAUUCACUGUGACCUUAAGCCUGAGAACAUUCUGUUGAAGCAACAGGGUAGAAGUGGUAUUAAAGUAAUUGAUUUUGGCUCUAGUUGUUAUGAGCAUCAACGAGUCUACACUUACAUUCAGUCACGUUUCUACCGUGCUCCAGAAGUGAUCCUUGGUGCUCGUUAUGGGAUGCCUAUUGAUAUGUGGAGCCUGGGCUGCAUUCUAGCAGAGCUUUUAACAGGUUACCCACUCUUACCUGGAGAAGAUGAAGGGGACCAACUGGCCUGUAUGAUAGAGCUACUGGGCAUGCCUGCCCAAAAACUACUAGAUUCGUCAAAAAGAGCCAAAAAUUUUGUGAGCUCUAAAGGUUAUCCCCGUUAUUGUACCAUCACCACAUUGUCUGACGGUUCUGUAAUACUUAAUGGUGGCCGCUCCCGCAGGGGAAAAUUGCGUGGCCCACCAGAGAGCAGAGAGUGGGGGAACGCGUUAAAGGGAUGUGAUGAUCCCCUUUUCCUUGACUUCUUAAAACAGUGUUUAGAAUGGGAUCCUGCUAUACGCAUGACACCCAGCCAGGCUUUACGGCAUCCCUGGCUUAGGAGACGUUUGCCAAAGCCUCCAACUGGAGAAAAGACAUCGGCAAAGCGAUUAACAGAAAGCACUGGUGCUAUAAUGUCAACUUCCAAGUUACCUCCAACGUCAACCUCAGCUUCAAAACUGAGGACUAAUUUGGCACAGAUGACAGAUGCCAAUGGGAAUAUUCAGCAGAGAACAGUGUUGCCAAAACUCGUUAGCUGAGUUUGAAUAACCCAAUGCUGGUCAUACAAGAAAUUGUACAUUGCUGAGCCUUAUUCAUAGGAAAAAGUAGCUCAGAUUUUUUUUAUUUGCUCAAUAACUUUAUUCAUUUGUAUCUUUUCAGCACUCAUUUUAAAUGUAAGAAAUGUUGAUUUUUUUUAUAACAAUAGGGGGACAAUGCUUUAAGUUUUUAUACUUCUUUUUAAAAGUGUUUGUUUUCUAAAGUACAAUUAGCCUUACUGUAAUCAGUGUGGUACAGUAAUAAACAUCAGUGGCAGGCCACUGGUUACAACACAACUGUCAUGCAUUACAGCUUGGUGUCAAAGGUUUUAACCAUUUUUUCCCCAUAGCUCAUAUUCAUUUUUCCUUGGGGUAAAUUUGCAAUACUCUUUCAUCUCAGAAUUCAUUGCAGAUGUAGGUCCUGAUCCUGCAAAACCCUUAGGCUACAGCUACACUAGCCUUCUUCUAGAAAAGCUUAUGCAAAUGAAGCAUGGCGUGGAAUAUCACCAC